AUGCUGCACAGUUAUGCUAGGAGGUACUGGGAAGAGUACAAUGACCUAGAGGAAAACGUGUGCAGUGAGCAGAUGGUCAUUAUGUCUUUCAAACAUGGUCUGCGCCUGGAAAGUAAGUUGAGACAAUCACUUACCAAGUGCCCAGCCACAGCAUUGAAAGAUUUGCAUGCCAGGAUUGAGCAGUACACUCGCCUCGAAGAUGAUCAGAUCCCCAUCGAAGUAGCAUCAACAAAACAAACAGCUCGGCACAAGAAGAGAACAAAUCGAGGAGAACAGCGAGGGCUCACAGUGAAUAAGGUGGAUAAGUUCAAAUCUCACGAAGCCGUCGUGGCUGUAUUCAAAGAACCGAUCUAUCGAAUCUUGGAAAAGAUCAAGAGAGAGCCCUUCUUUGCUUGGCUGCCGAAAAUGUUAGGAGAUCCGGCUCGGCGCAAUCAGAAGCUCAGAUGCACCUACCAUCAAGACAGGGGGCACAUGACUCAGAACUGCAGGGCACUGAAACAACACUUGGAGGACCUAGAACCUGAGGAGACACCGAAAGAAGAGAUUGCUAAGGCUAUGCAAAUUCAGCAGGUCAUGUCAAUAGAGCCUGCAUCGAAAAAGGUACGCACGGUACCCAAAUCCCUCUUGUGUACUGUUUCAUUUACUAGAAAGGAUUUAGAAGGCAUACAGCACCCACAUAGUGAUGCACUGAUUAUAACUGUGGGAAUUGGGAAAUGGUGUGACGUAAAACGAGUCCUGGUAGAUCAAGGCAGUACAGCAGACAUAUUGUAUUAUGACUUGUUCAAAAAGCUUGGUCUCUCCAAGCAGCACCUCACCCCAGCGGAAGCUCCGUUAGUUGGCUUCAAUUCACAGCCAGAAUGGCCGCUUGGCAGAAUAGUAUUGCUAGUUGUGGCAGGAACAAAAACCCUCUAG